AUGUGGGGUUGGCUAUUCGCAGCAUGUAUCAUUGCACUUUUUCUCUUUUUCUACUAUCACCAACAAUGCUAUUACAAAACCUCUCAUGAGGUAUUGUUUCAGAAAGGCACCAAUCAUGCCGACACACCUUACAUUAUUAUUAGUGGCAAUUCUGGAAGUGGAAAGUCCACUCUUGCCAAAGAAUUGGCCGCUCUGUUCCACUUGCACUACAUUGAUAUUGAUCAUCAUCGAUUUCUUCCAGCCGAGAAAGGACAUGUUUGGAAAAAUCGAGAAAUGCAAGACUUUUCAAAGCAAGUGCUCAAUGAAAUUGAAAAAGUGAAAAAUCAACAUUCAAUACAGCAAUACUCGAGUAUGGAUCCUCCAUCUCAACGAGAAAUUUCGAAGAAUGGAUGGGUGGUGGAUGGCAAUGUCAUGAAUAUGGAUAUACUCAUUAGCUCUCAUGCCUCCAUUGUUCUAUGGUUGGAUUAUUCCUGGGUUGUAGUUCUCCUGCGUCUUAUCGUUCGAACUACGAAAAGAAUUUUGUUCAAAACUCGUGUUUGUAAUGGAAACAUUGAAACAUGGUACAAUCAAUUAUGUUCCAAAGAUUCGUUGUUACUCUUUACAUUAAAAAGAUUCUGGAAUUGGAAAGAGCAUGAAUCGCGAGUGGUGAAUUGGAUCAAGAGUAAUCCUCAUUUGACUGUGUAUCGUUUUCAAUCUCCUCAUGAAUGUAAAAUGUUUCUUACAUACAAUUUACCCAAAAUGAUUUCAAUCAAUAAAUAA